CCUUGGACUGUGAAUAGUGGUAUCUUCCUGUCUCUCUGCAGGCAGGAGAGGGUCAACAUGGCGUCUGAACAGGAGAGCUCCAAUGGGCCCGUGAAGAAGUCCAUGCGAGAGAAGGCGAUAGAAAGACGUUGUAUCAACAAGGAACACAACAGUAACUUCAAAGCAGGCUAUGUGCCCAUAGAAGAAGAACGUCUUCAUAAGACGGGGCUGAGAGGACGCAAGGGAAACAUGGCUGUCUGCAUCGUUGUCCUCCUCUUCCUCCUCGCCUUAAUUAACCUCAUUAUCACUCUGGUAAUAUGGACCGUGAUCCGUAUCGGUCCGAACGGGUGCGACAGUAUGGAGUUCCAUGAAACCGGCCUGCUGCGCUUCAAACAGAAGGCGGACAUGGGCAUCGUUCACCCGCUGCACAAGAGCACAGUAGGAGGCCGCAAGGACCAGGACCUAGUCCUCGUGGGCAACAAUAAUCCGGUUGUGUUCCAGCAAGGCACCACCAAGCUGAGCGUAGAGAAGGACAAGACGUCGAUUGUCAGCGAUGUUGGCAUUACCUUCACGGACCCUCGCACACAGACCACGUUCUUCAGCACUGACUUUGAGAACCACGAGUUCCAUUUGCCCAAAGGAGUCAAAGUCCUCAGUGUUAAAAAGGCUUCAACAGAAAGGAUCACCAGUAGUGCAUCAUCUGACCUGACAAUUAAAGGGGACAGUAAAGCCAUCAUUCGUGGAAACGAGGGGGUCAACAUCAUGGGCCGGACCGUAGAGUUCAAAGUGGGUGGAGGCAUCGAGCUCAGGGCUGAGAACAGCAUCAUCCUCAAUGGAUCAGUCAUGUUCAACGCUUCACGCAUCCCUAACUCAGCAGGAGAUGUGUAUUUCGAUGAAGGCAUGGAGAGGUACAAGCUCUGCAUGUGUGCAGAUGGGACUCUGUUCCGUGUGCAGGUGAAAUAUCCCAACAUGGGCUGCCAGACUUCAGAUAACCCCUGUAGAAAAGCUGGCUAGUAGACUGGAGUCUGCUUUUUACAUCAGUCAGAUUACAAAUUUGCGUAUAUAGAAAACUCUAUAGGACAUUGAUCAUGACUUAUGACAUCAUAAUACCUCUGCAGUACAACCGUCAUUUUGUUUGCCAAACAGGAAUUGUGUUACAGAUCGUUGCCAAAGGUAUGAUCUUGUAAGAGCUGAAGUAUUUUUAUUGCUCUGCAGGUGUGCCAUAACACUCCCAGAUUUACCAUCCUGCUGUGGUUUACUGCCCACUGAGAGGAUUAGACGCUACAGUAUUUACUCUCUGCCUUACCGUCCAGUAUUACUAAUAUACAAACCGUAUAGAGGGGUUGUAUGAGAUUUUAUUUGCUCAUUGUUUCUGGCAGCUUUUAUUAUAUUAUUAUAUUAACUGACUGGUGUGACACACUACAUGAUUACAAUGAUUUAUAUAAUAUUACAUUUGGGAUAAAGUGUAAAACAUAAGGUAUAUUUAAGGCCAUCCAGUAAUGCUGAAGCAGAGUAGAUCUCUUUCUUGCACGUGCCAAUGGAUUUACAAGGGAUGAUAUAGAAUAUAAUAUAAAUGUAAUAAUCUAAUUUUGUUGCAAAACCUUUUUUAAUAAUUCAAUAUUGAAAAACAGAAGGAGAGUGUUUGCACUAUGUUACGUUACAGAUUAAUGCAAAUCUCUUUAUAAAUGUUGAUGUGGAUGGGUGUAAGGGAAGUUUAAAGGUUCAGUGUGUAGCAUUUAGCGGGAUCUAUUGGCAGAAAUGGAAUAUAAUAUUCAUUUUUCUUUACUGUAUAAUCACCUGAAAUCUACACGGAGUCCUCCAUGUUUCUACAGUAGCACAGAACGGACAAACUAAACACUGGCUCUAGAGAGGGAUAUUCACUUUUUCACGUUUUGGCGUCGUAGUUCUGCUGCUUGGCACGCAGGAGAAGUUUCAGUUGGGGGUUCCCAAACUUUUUGGAGCCAGGGAACCCUUAUAAGGGAGAACAUUUUCCCCAAAAAAAGUAUACUCUAAAACUUUCCAACGUAAAUACUUCAGACUUGUUUGAUAUUGAUAAACAGAAACACAUUUCAAUUUGUAUCAUGUUGAGAUUAAAUAAGAUAAUAUGAGAUAAUCCUUUAUUAGUCCCACAGCGGAGAAAUUUGCAAUCUUACUGAAUAUUAAUACCACCUUUAAACAGAUGGUAGUUUUAUUCAAAUUGUAGUAGUAGUAGUCAUUUAAUUCGGUCUUUAUUAACAAUUUUCUGUAGGGAAUGCACAUGAUAAAGAAUAGGUAACAAGAAGGUAUAGGGUGAAGCUUCAGCUUAUUAUACCUACCCUUUUUACUUGACAUAUUCUAAUAAGUAACUCAUUCACUACUUAGUUUAGGCUGUACAAAAACAGAAACAAUAACAAUAUAUGCAAUAUAAUUGCAUUUGGAUUUGACUUGACAGCAUUUAUACAUUUCAAGUAAUUGAUCUUAAAAGCUUUCAGAAAAUGAACAGUAGCCAGACUGGCAUAGUCCUAAUAAAUCCAGAUAUUUAAACUCACCAGUCUAAAGCUGACUGUCAGGAAGUGCUUCAACUUAAUAAUGAUGAAUUUAUUGCUGUGUGUCACAAUCAUAUCAGAGUUUCUAUUGGCCCAAAGCUAACGUGGGUGGGAGUGAUGGACACAAUAUGAUUGUUUUAUUGACGCAAAUAGUCCCCAUCUGUAGAUUUGUACUUUUUAUUGAUACAGCACAAUUGUAUACCCUACUUUGAGAAUCUCUGUUCUACAGAAGCCCAGAACGGACAAACCAAAUGCUGGCUCUAGAUAGGGACGUUUGUGUUUUCACGUUUUCGUGUCAGCCACCGUAGUUCUCCUACACAGUUGGCAACCUCACCGCUAGAUGCCACCAAAUGCUACAUACUGCACCUUUUAACUAAGUAGUUUUGGUCUGAAGCCUACAGUAUAUCGAGUGGUUUGAAUUUUGUGCAAUAUAUUAUAACAUUUUUGACUUUCAUUUUGCGUUGGAUCAUCUUGUCUAUUUUAAAUGUCAUAAAGUGGUUGUUCUCAGACCUGACGUGAGAUCAACUGAAUGGAAAUAACAGGAAAAAAGGGCGAUCAGCCUUAUUGUCCAACAUUUCAUUGCUAUGUUUGUUUCAAUAAAGAAACUACGUGAAACUUGUUA